AUGUCUGCAUAUUGUCAAGCAAUGAAAGUCAUUUAUGACCAACUCACCAACGUUGGUCCUCCGAUCACUGAUGAACAACUAGUUCUCCAAAUCCUCACUGGGCUUACGGAACAAUAUGAAGGAAUUGCUCUUCUUAUUCAACAAUCCAAACCCUUACCGGAUUUCUACGAAGCUCAUUCUCGCCUUUGCAUGGCUGAAACACGGAAGGUGAACCAAGCAAGAAACGCCGCGAAAGCCGUCGGUACCUCUCUCAAUACCGUUGCAGAAUGCUCCGAUCAACCUUCUCGUAACGACCGGAACCAAAAUCAACCGGAGCGGGGCCGGGGCAGGGGUUGUGUGCGCGGAUGCGGACGAGGCCGUGGAUCUGCUCGUGGUCGCAGGUCGCUGGCUACGGUCAACGACCCCUUUGGGUAA